AUGUUCCCUUCACUUUCGGGCGAAUGUGGAUACUGUCGGUCCAACAACAUUCGCUGCGACGAGAACAACGCCGAACUCGCGUGUCUCACAUGCCGCGUCUGGGGCAUAAAAUGUCCUUUGAUAGACAGAAGCUAUGGAGAUUCCAGUGGAGAUGGAUUGACGGUGUGGAACUAUGAUGGUAGUAGCCCGCCAUCUAGCGAACCUGUUCAACAACCACCAUCAUCUGCCCCAGUCCACUAUAUGCAACCACUGGACAAUCUGAUAUCAACUGCCCACGACCUGCUUCUGGGCACCUUCACCCCAUACACGCACAUCAGCACGCUCCCACCGUAUAUAAAAAGGCCCCGCCAUGAGAUACCGCUGGAAGACAUCCAGUAUCUUGACGAAAACGGAGUUUUUACUUUGCCCGACGCAGACCUACGGAAUGAGUUGCUCAAGACAUUCGUCCUUAACGUGUAUCCAUACAUGCCUUUGUUAGACCUGGAGGAAUUUCUCCAGGCGAUUGCCAUCAACAAUGGGGAUUCGCGAGUGAGCCUGCUUCUAUUCCAUGCCGUCAUGUUCUCAAGCGCUGCAUUUAUCAAGCCGGAGCAUCUUUAUCGUGCUGGCUACUCGUCACAGAAGGAGGCUAGAAAGCAAUACUUCCUGAAGGCAACUAUCGCAUAUGACCAUGGUCUCGAGACCGACCCGAUAGUUAUCAUCCAAUCUGCUCUACUUCUGACUUACUGGCACGAAACGCCUGAUAGCCCUCGGGAUUUCCAUUAUUGGCUUGGAAAAGCCUUCUCUGUUGCAACUUCUAUUGGGCUCCAGGGCCUUGCUGAAGCAGAGCCAUCUAGGGAGCCAAACCGACUCGGGCGCCGUCUCUGGUGGUGCCUCUACACACGGGACCGCAUCAAUGCAAUGAACCUCCGGCGACACACGAUCAUUCCCGAAGAGAGCUAUACUACCACCCUACCCACGCUGGAUGAUUUCACGAUUGGUGUAUUUCCAGAGGUUACCGCCCAAAUGUUCGACAGCUGCGAUGUUCUCCGCAGCCCCUACCAGCAAGCCCAACUGGCUGCAAUAUUUAUCGAAAAAGCCCGUCUUUGCACCAUUAUCUCGCACAUAAUAACCCCAAGUCCGGACGAAGCAACCAUCCCGCGCUGCACCAACCUCCUUGAAGCCUGGCGAGCCGGUCUCCCAUACUACAUUGAACACCAGUCCCUACCAUCAACAUCUCUAACACUCUCCGAUAUCGAGAAGCCGACCUUUGCAUAUAGAGCCUGGCUGAGUCUUGUCUUCUUAAAUGCAUUGAGCGCUCUCCACAGACAUCAAACACGCCGGCGCCGAUCAAAUACUGCAGAGGCCUUCUCUUUCGACGCUGUGCUUGACGAGCCCUCCGACGGGCAGAUUCAACCAGCGAUCCAGUCCAUCGCCGCCAUCGUGGAGAAGCUAUAUCGCGUCGACGUGAUACACUACUUACCAACCACAACGGUUGGAUUGCUUCUCCCUGUGCUGGCAGCCCAAAUGUUGUAUAUCAGGUCCGGACAGGGCCCGGAUAUGUGGAUUGCAGGGUUCGAGUCGUUUUAUCAUUGUAUGAAGGUGCUCCGUAAGCUUGGUGAGGUGUACUUUCUGGCUGAGUCAAUGGCCGUAUUCUUCGAGUCUAGUGUAUGCGGGGACCAGCUUGAUGGCUCUGAGUAUAGAGAUGGAGAUGGAAACUUGAAGACAGCAGCGCCACCGCCACUGCUACAAAAGGUGCUGACGAGCGCGGAGCUGGAAUGCUUCCUACAUGUAAUGGGGUGA